UAACGAUGCACACGCCAACCACGAGCUCGGUGGGCGAAUGCCCAGCGCGCAGGCAUGGCCGACAAACGUGUGCACAAGCGAGUGGGCAGGUGGAUGAGCACGGGCCCAGGAAAACGGAAGAUGGGUAGGCAAGCGCGUUGGAGGGCAGAAGGGCAGGCGAGCACACAAACGGGUGAUGACGACCCGCGCGACAACCGCGAGCGCGCUGGGCGAAUGCCCCGCACGCAGACAUGACCAAUGAACGUGCUGGUGAGCAGGCGGACGACAGGGCCGCUCGCUCGUGCCUCAUACUUGAGCAAAACAGCACUCACCAUAUCCGGCCAGCCGGGGAUAUUGCCAGCGACGCCGAAAGGGCGUCACGGAGUCUUCUAGACCAGUACCAAGCAGUGCGAAACCAUUGCCCGCUCAGUAGUCGCCUCGCAGUUGCCAGUCCAACCACCGAGGUCGAGAAACCGCAAACUGGCUCUUCGCGCGACGACAAGUCCGACGUUUCAACGUGCGCAUUAAGGCCGCAACAGGAGGUCCCACCAACGCGCAGCGUGUCUGCAAGCCCAACAGACAGAUCUCCCCGACAUGUACCAAGGCAGGCGCAGACGACUCCCUGCAAGAUGCGCAGACGGACAGCAUAUCUCGUGCCCGGCAAGCCACCCCGCCAGAUGUGUCGACGCACACGUCAUCGCUCGUUGCGCCCCGGUCCGCGCUCGAUAAGUCUAUGUCCCCGCCACACCUCCACUCGCCUGCGCCCCUCAGGCUGUCGCUGCGCCUCCGUUCCUCGACCACUCUCGGAACCACGUGCGGAGAUGACCUCUUGUCCGCUCGCGCUGUCUCACCUCGUAGACCCAUUCAUCUGUUCGUCCACGUGUCUACCCGUUUACUGA